AGUAAUCCAGUAAACUACAUUACCCAUAGUGCUACACUAGUUGUCUUCAUUUCCGUGAUUUGGUUGCUGGUGUGCUUGAAUAGAGACAGGCGUCUUCUGUGAGUAAAACAGAACACUGUUUUGGAGGCAAAUGACUAGAUUGGCAGUUAGGCCUAUGUAAAUGCAUGCCCACCACCUUUCUAUAACAUGCAUGUAAGCUUUUUGGACCAAUUCAAAACGACUUGGCGUCAUGGAGGUAGGAGGUAGCCUAAUUGCAUAUCUCUCGGACACUUCAGCCUACAGUAUGUGAUUAGGCAGACAGAAUGGAAAAUGCGCUUUAUUUAGUCAUUCAGCAUCUGUUUCUGUGCUCUUUUUUUAUAAAACUAAAAAAACUAUCCCGGUUUCAGAAUAUCAUAAGAAGCACGCGCACAUUGCGCCGCAUAGGUUAUUUGCCUUUAUUUGCAAAGAUCACAUGACAGACCGGAGAAAACAUUGGUACCUUUGUCCACCUCAGAGUGGUGACGCGUUCUUUUGCCUAGAUGCAGAGGUAGAAUUCGUUCUGCUGAUUCAUACGCUAAGAUAAAAUUACUCUUAAUAAAAUACUAGAGCUCUACAUAUCUUCAGUCACAUGGUAGCUUUUUCUGCGAAGUUGUGGAACACAUUGACGGACCAAUGGGCAACAGCGCAUCAGUGCAAACAUCUUGGAGGGGAGAUCCUCCGGCGAAGACAACAGUUUUUAAACGGGAUGAACCACCGGGAAUAACAUACAGAAUCCCAGCUCUUAUAUACAUCAGAGAGAAACAGAUGUUUCUGGCCUUUGCCGAGAAACGCACUUCCUCUUCUGAUCAUGAUGCAGAGCGUCUUGUUAUGAAAAGAGGUACAUUGGAGGGCACAAUUAUUGAGUGGUCACGGUCGAUUCAGGAGCUACAGUCAGCAUGUCUGCCAGAGUACCGCACCAUGAACCCUUGUCCUGUCUUUGAAAAGAACACUCAGACUCUGUUUCUGUUUUUCAUCUGUGUCUUGAGGAAAACCACAGAGCACCAUCAGAUAUGUACAGGCAAGAACAGAGCUCGCCUCUGUUAUGUCACUAGCUCUGAUUAUGGCCAGAGUUGGAGUGAGGUGAAAGACUUGACAGAGAGCGUGAUAGGAAAGAGGAUUCGGAAAUGGGCGACAUUCGCAGUAGGACCAGGGCAUGGCAUUCAAAUGAAGAGCGGAAGGCUUAUCAUUCCAGCUUACGUGUGUUACAUUCACCACAGAUGUUUCUGUUUUCCCCUGCCAUGCUCAGUCAAGCCUCAUGCAUUAGCCUUCUACAGUGAUGACUAUGGGAAGACGUGGCAGGUAGGAACAAUGAUGCAGAUGAAGUCAUGUGAGUGUGAAAUGGCUGAAGUUACAGACCAUGAAGGUAAAAGUUAUUUGUAUUGCAAUGCUCGUAAUACUCGUAACAGCCAUGGCCACAGAAUAGAGGCUAUAAGCGGAGAUAAGGGAGCAGACUUUGCUCAGGCCCACCUAGCACAGGAGCUAGUGGAGCAGCCCCAUGGGUGCCAAGGUAGUGUAGUUGCCUUUAAAGUGCCAAAACACGUGUCGGAGGUGAGCGAAGACGCAACGUGGCUGCUGUACACUCACCCGACUGAUAAGAAGAGAAGACUGGAUCUUGGUAUGUACUUGAACCGCUCUCCGCUGCAUGCGUCUCAGUGGGAGGCCCUCUGGAAACUUCAUCAUGGCCCGAGUGGCUACUCAGAUUUGGCUUACUGUGAAGACCAAGACGUGUUUGUCUGUCUCAUGGAAUGUGGUGAGAAGAGUGAGCUUGAGGAGAUUGCUUCUGUGCAGUUUGAUCUCCGAAAUGUCAUGGAUGCAUGAAAAAAGAAAUCAUGUUUUCGACUGAUAUUCAGUCUUCCCUUUAAGAAUGACUGAGGUUGAAAAAAAGUCACCCUUGAAGAUGUUGUUAAUGUUAUAUUCACACAGAUUACAGAUGCAUUAUUAUGAAAUAAUGUUAAACAUUCACAUUUUUUAGAUAGUUUUUUUUUUUUUUUUUUAAUGGACGUCAAAUCCAUGUAAGGUGUACUGUUAACUUACUGGUUUUAUCUUUCACACACAUUCAGUGAAGAUGAAAUGUAAAUAUCAGUACACACUUGAAAAAACACCCCUUUUGCAUUCCUUCACAUUGCCUGGUAGCCCACAAUUCAAAGGGGUGGUUUUCUGCUCAUUCACACGUGAUGGAAUUUGAUUAGUGAUACUAUUUUUCAAUACAUCAGUGGUUCUCAAAGUGUGGGGCGGGACGCUAUCUUUAUUAAUGCCUUUCUUUUUUGACAAGGAAGAUCAUUUUUUGUUUCAAAACAAAAUAGCCAAACUAGCCAAAAUAGCCAAACACAAACAUAGGAGUCACAAACAUAUCAUUUAUUUUGCUUGUAGUUCUGACAAAUCUUAUGUUGAUAUAAUUAUUGUCCAAAUAUUGAAUAACACUGCUUUUGAAUGUCACUACUGUCUUGAUGAACUGAGAAUAAAGAAUAAUAAAUGUGAA